AUGAUUUAUUCAUCAAAAAUGGAUGGUGAAAAAAAUUUAACAAAUCCACGAUCAAUUGCAGUUGAUCUACGUGCUGGUGUUCGAUUUUUAUUUUUAACAUAUUGGGAUAAAAAUUCUCGUAUUGCACGUUGUAGUAUAGAUGGUCAACAACGUCUUAGUAUUGUUAACGAUACAAUUCAAAUGCCAUUAGGUUUAACAUUUGAUUUAAUAUGUGAAGUAGUUUAUUUUACAAAUCAUCAUUUAAAUUGUAUUGAAGUUUAUGAUUCAAAUUCAAAUGAAAUAAGACGUUUAAAUCGUUUUGAACAUGGAAUUAAAGCACAAAAACAUAAAAAAAUAUUAUCAAGAUUGAAUAUUCUUCAUGUGAAAAUUUCAAAUAAAGUUUAUCAACCAUUAGGUCUUCAAAAUCAAGAUGUUUAUUAUGAAUUAGAUUCAUUAUCAAAAUCAACUGAUCAAGCAUAA